UGAAGCAUCACUGCUGAGCUCACCAAAAAACAGAUCUAAAGAGAGCAGAGAGUCAACAGAGAAAGAAAAAAGCAGGGCAGAAGCUCAUUAGUAACAAAUGAUCAUCAGCUGGAGGAAGUGAGUGAAUGCAUGUGUGUGUGUGCUUAAGACAGUGGAAGACCUCAGAAGAGAGAAGUGUCAGCAGAGGAGGAUUUAUGCUGUCCAGUCUUGACGUUCAUCCCUCCCUCCUCCUCCUCCUCUCCUUCCCCCCUUCAGCAGGCGGGCUUUUUGUGGCUGACCAUGCGAGGAUCCUCUCAGUGCUGCGGGAAUCUCCUCUCCUCCUCUGGAUAGUUCUGCAGCUAUCAUUUUGUGGCUCAUUGACCCCGUCGCAGUUUUGAUAGUUAUCUUUUCCCAAAGGGAACGUCUUGGACAAGGAUCCACACAACUUUCGGACUGUGUAGACGUCUCCUUUUUCUUUUGCGCUUAAUAAUUGAUGGUCUUCCUCCACCGCUGCUUCGAAGGUAUCCACAGGACAGGAUCAAGGCAGAAAGUUGGGACUGUGACCCCCACAUGAUCCCUCAGUGUGUCCUCUUUGUGUUGUACACUGCAUCUCCUUCAUCCUCCUAAUUCAGAAUGCAGGUUUCAAUUGCUUGCACGGACCACAAUCUGAAGGGUCGGAAUGGGGAUCAUGGAAAAACGAAUGCCACCAGUCCCAAUGUGGUAAAUGCAGCACGGGCAAAGUUCCGCACAGUUGCCAUUAUCGCUCGGAGCUUUGGCUCUUUCACCCCACGCCAUCACAUCUCCCUUAAAGAGUCCACCGGCAAGCUCACUGGCAUGAAGUACCGGAACCUUGGGAAAUCUGGAUUGAGAGUAUCAUGCCUUGGUCUGGGCACUUGGGUGACAUUUGGAGGGCAGAUUUCAGAUGAUGUUGCUGAGCAGCUGAUGACUAUAGCGUAUGAGAGCGGGGUGAAUCUGUUUGACACUGCAGAGGUGUACGCUGCUGGAAAAGCGGAAGUCAUUCUGGGAAACAUCAUCAAAAAGAAGGGCUGGAGGCGGUCCAGUCUGGUUAUUACCACAAAGCUCUACUGGGGCGGAAAAGCUGAGACUGAACGAGGCCUUUCUAGGAAGCACAUUAUUGAAGGUCUCAAGGGCUCCUUGCAGAGGAUGCAGAUGGAUUAUGUAGAUGUAGUCUUUGCCAACCGGCCUGAUAGCAAUACACCAAUGGAGGAGAUUGUCAGAGCCAUGACCUACGUGAUAAACCAAGGCAUGUCCAUGUACUGGGGGACUUCACGAUGGACAGCUAUGGAAAUAAUGGAGGCGUAUUCUGUGGCAAGACAGUUUAACCUGAUUCCUCCAGUCUGCGAGCAGGCUGAGUAUCAUCUUUUCCAGAGGGAGAAGGUUGAGGUGCAGCUGCCAGAGCUCUACCAUAAGAUAGGUGUUGGUGCCAUGACAUGGUCACCUUUGGCUUGUGGGAUCAUUACUGGAAAAUAUGAAAACGGUAUCCCAGAAUCCUCCAGAGCAUCAAUGAAGUCAUACCAGUGGCUGAAAGAGAAGAUAGUCAGCGAGGAUGGACGCAAGCAGCAGGCAAAGCUGAAAGAACUGGGUCACAUUGCUGAGAAGCUGGGCUGCACUUUGCCUCAGCUCGCCGUAGCCUGGUGUCUGAGGAAUGAGGGAGUGAGUUCAGUGCUAUUAGGAACCUCCAAUGCAGAACAGCUAACUGAAAACCUGGGAGCCAUACAGGUACUUCCGAAGAUGACGUCUCAUGUGGUCUCAGACAUUGAUCAUAUACUUGGGAACAGGCCAUACAGUAAGAAGGACUAUCGUUCCUAGGUGCUGCGGGCACACGCUCAGGGUCAAGAGAGAAGUGUGUGUAGCAGUGUUCGUGCCCUAGUGGUUCUUGCUCCGAAUCUGUUUUCAUCAUCGGCCUGACCUCUCUCUCUUUCUCUCUGAAGCCUUAGAGCACCGUCCUCCAUUAACCAUACCUCCAUCCCCUCUGUUUCCGCUGGUGUGCCUUUGCACCCCAAAACCCACAGCAAGAAUCCUCACGACUAGUGUUCAGGUGUCUUCUCGUAAUGGCACCUUGCUGGAAGAGAGCUUCACUCGCUGAUGUGAUCUGUGAAGCGUAUAAACACCCAUGAUCCAUGUCUGGCCUCUGCUCAGCCAUCGGGACGUCUGGCGGUUUUAGCACGCAUACUGGAGGAACAGAGCAUGACGCCCUCUUGUGCUCAAACACAGCAACUGCAAAGCUGUUUCACAGACUGAAGAGCUCCGACUCAGUGGAACAAUGCACAUUCAUAAAGAUUCAAGCUGUUCUGCCUGUGCAAGAAUGCCUGUAUUGAUAUUUUAUGAGGUGGUUUAUUUUAAGUUAUUUGCUUCAUAGUGUGAGCCACAGGGACAUGUGGUAGAAAAAUAAAUCAUUAAAUAAAUGCACACUUUUGACCUAGGAAAUUACUUGAAUGAGGGUAGCAUACACCUAUGAAUAUCUGCUUAUUGAACAUGCAGCUGUAUUAUAAACUGACCUCAAUCCCUACUGCAGUAUAUAAGUAUACAGUAUUAGAGUUGAUCUAACUUGCAUAGACUAUAUUAUGCCAGCAGCCUAAGCAUUCAUGAUGCUUAAUUAUAAAUAAGUAACUUGGUUUUGCUUUGGGUACAGUAAAGAAGGAAAUCAGGAGAGGACAACUUAAAGGGAUGCCCUUGUGAAAAAGAAGUGUGCCUAAUUGUAAUGGAUCUGCACUUGUUAAAGUUACAGAUAAUAUAAUGUCAGUGAACUAUAAAGCCACUUAGGUGUGCUUAAAGGGAGAGCACUUUCAUAAAUAAGUUUCUUAAUACACUGUUGUACUUUUAAAAAGUCAAUUGAAAAAGGUUUUGCUUUAAUUAACAUUUGAAAUAAUUGUGGUUUAAUAAUCUGUUGCCAUGCUUUAAAGCAUUACACUUACUUUGAUGUGUUGCUAACAUACUAAAGCGCAUUUAAUGUAUAGCCUACUUAUGAUUUGAACUGGAGUUUGUUAUUUGUAAUGUGUUAUUACAUUUAAAGGUACUAUACUGCAAAUGUGCUAAACUGCUAAUUUAUCAUUACAAAUGUGUAAAUAUUUACAUUUAAAUAUAGUAUUUAAAUAUAAAAUAUAUAUUUAAAUACAUUUAUUUCACCACAAAUGCUUUUCAGCACACUCAGACUUGUGCAUCCGAAAAAGAAUUCACAGCGCUUCACUUUUCCACAUUUUUUUUAUGUUACAGCCUUAUUCCAAAAUUGAUUAAAUUCAUUUGUUUCCUCCAAAUUCUACACACAAUAGCCCAU